GAUAUUGGCUUCCUAUAAAAGCUGCGUCUAAGCGCCGUGUUUACUCAGUUUAAAACAAGUGUUUCGAGAAAAAUGCAGGCCGUGAGAGUGAUCUUUGUUCUGGCUUUGACCCUGACCGGCGCCAUCGCGAACAGAUUGCCGCCUGGUGCACCAAAACCCCUGGAGGGAGAUGAAUUAGUUGAAGCUAAGCAACUAUUAGAGACCACGCUCGCCAGACUUGCCACGGGAGAUGGUCCCAAUUACCAAGUUGUAAAUGUGAUUUCUGCCUCUAAGCAAUUGGUGGCUGGAAGUCUCCAUAAAUUCGUAGUCGAGCUAUCCAGUGGAUCCGACACCAAGGAGUGCACAGUGAAGAUCUGGGACAGACCAUGGCUGCAGGACAAGGGUGAGGCCACCAAUGUCAAGAUCCAGUGCCAGGAUGAGGCUGAGAUCGACAAGACUUGGUAGAGGGGCUUCUUGUUUUGACGUCAAAUAAUUGUGAUUUAAUAAAAAGUGUGAACAUUUAAACUUGUUAUUUAACAAAAAAAAAGACCAGCAAAUCUUAAAGAUAUAUAUAUUUCGGUGAAUCCCGUAAAAGGUUUGGUUUAUAUAAUAAACAAACUUUGCCCUGUGA